AUGUGGAUGCGGGUUCUGGUGGCGGCUCCGCUCCGCACGGGCCGGGGAAGGAGUCGCGAGCUGCCGCGGAGCGGGCGACCUUCUGCCCGCUUAGGUUCUGCUCCUCGGAGCGGCCGCUACAUCGCUGGCGCCGGAUGGCGGUCGGAUCCCCGGGCCCCGCCGGUACAGCAUCUGGACCCGGACCAGGGAAGAGCCAGCGCGGGGGGAGAGGGCGCAUCCUUUUCCGUCAGGUGCUGCAUGAUGAACGGCGGCAGCAGCGUUUCUGCUGCUCAGAGUGCCAGGAUCAAGAGUGCACCAGAUGAGUGGAGUAAGGAGGAUUGCCUGACUCUGUUGGAGAGGAUUCGUGGACUGCUGCCAGAUGGCGACGCCAUGAAGUAUAAGACCACAGAGUCUCACUUUGACUGGGAGAAAGUUUGUUUUGGCAGCUUCACCGGUGACAUGUGUCGUCAGAAGUGGCAGAAAGUCUCGUCUGAGGUCCGCAAGUAUAGAACCAUGACAGAACUCAUUGUUGAUGCUAUUGAGUUUGUAAAGAAUCCCUACAAAGGCAAAAAACUGAAGACUCACCCUGAUUUCCCUAAGAAACCUUUGACACCGUACUUUCGCUUUUUUAUGGAAAAAAGAGCCAAAUAUGCCAAAAUCCACCCAGAGAUGAGUAACCUGGACCUGACCAAGAUUCUGUCCAAGAAGUACAAGGAGCUUCCAGACAAGAAGAAGCAAAAAUACAUCACAGAGUUUCAACGAGAGAAAGAGGAAUUUGAGAAGAACAUGACUCGAUUCAAGGAGGAACAUCCAGACCUGAUGGAGGAAAGGAAAAAGUCAGAGCUGCCAGAGAAACCAAAAACUCCUCAACAGCUGUGGUAUAACCACGAGAAGAAGACCUACAUGAAGCUGCACCCAGAGGUGAGUCAGAAGGAGCUGAAGGAGGCUCUGAGGAGGCAGUGGUCCCAGCUGUCUGACAAGAGGAGACUCAAAUGGAUCAGCAAGGCCCUAGAACUCCAAAAAGACUAUGAGGACAGCAUGCGAGCAUAUCACGAAGCUCAUCCAGAUGUGAACUCGGACGAUCACGUGCGGUCUGUCCUCACCAAAGCGGAGCGGCAGCUGAAAGACAAGUUUGACGGACGACCGACCAAACCACCACCUAACGGCUACUCACUGUACUGCGCUGAGCUGAUGGUGAACAUGAAGGACGUCCCUAGCACAGAGAGGAUGGUGCUCUGCAGUAAACAGUGGAAGAUGAUGACGCAGAAGGAGAAAGACAUGUUUCAGAAACGAUGUGAGCAGAAAAAGAAGCAGUACGACAUCGACCUGCAGCGCUUCUUAGAGUCUCUCCCAGAAGAAGAACGGGACCGAGUCCUGAGCGAAGAAAAGCUUGGGGGGGGCAAACUGGGCGUGAACGUGGCCUCUAGUCCACACAGAGCCAAGUCGCCGUCCAUCAAGGAGCGGUGUCGGGACACAGAGGCUGAGCCGUGGCCACCAGCGGGAUCACAUAAGGAGAAACGAGAUGGGAAAAAGACGGCAAAGCUUCCAGAGACACCAAAAACAGCCGAGGAGAUGUGGCAACACAGCGUGAUUGGAGAUUAUCUGGCUAAAUACAGAAGUGACCGUAGGAAGGCCCAGGCGGCAAUGGAGGCUGCCUGGAAGUCGAUGGAGAAGAAGGAGAAGAUUCCUUGGAUCAAGAAGGCGGCCGAAGACCAGAAGCGUUACGAGGUUCAGUACCAGGCUGUGAGGGAGCUGUCCGACAUGAGGGCUCCAGCUCCAGCGGCUCAGGGUCAGAGGAAGCCCAAGUUCGAUGGAGAACCCAAGAAACCUCCAGUGAGUGGGUAUCAGAUGUUCUCCCAGGAGCUGCUGACCAAUGGCGAACUAAACCACUUCAGCUUGAAGGAACGAAUGGUGGAGAUUGGGAAGAGGUGGCACAAACUGAGCCAGAGUCAAAAAGACAAGUACAAGAAGCUGGUGGAGGAGCAGCAGGUGGAGUACAAGGCAGAGCUGGAGGCCUGGGUCAAGUCCCUGUCUCCCCAGGAUCGGGUCGUCUACAAAGAGUUUUCCUCAUCGAAACGUCGCGGCACUGCUAAAGUCCGCAGCAGCCCUGCCGCUAAGGUUCGUGUGACAGCAAAGGGGAAGCCGGUCAGUUCCAGAACCACAGCGCCUGGCAUCGCCGUGAACAAGAGGGCGAUGGCGUAUCGAGCCAAGCAGGACAUGUCCGACUCGGAUGAGGAGAAGAGCGAGUCAUCGGACUCUGACGAAGAUGAAACAUCUGAAAGCACAGACAGUGAGGACGAGGACGAGAAUGAUGACGAAGAUCAGACCUCCUCAGAGGAAUCCAGUGACUCAGACUCGGACUAGUUGUGCCGCAUCCCUCUCAUUGGAGGACAGGCUGUGCAGGUCACACCUCCUCAACUGCCAGUCACCCCGGCAGACCAAUGAGAAGCUGCAACAUCACAGCAGCCCACCCCCUCUGGGGGGUCUGGCUUCAUGGUGUGUUAUGUUUCCAUUUCUAUGGAGUGUUGGUUUUUAUCAGAAGGACAUUUGACAGGUGGAGACAUUUUUUUUGCUUACUGGUUAUUAGUUACCGCUGAAGGAGGACACCGUUCGGCCUCCAAUCAGCCUCUGCCUGAGAAAAUAAACUAAUAAAUGCACCUUUAGUCA